AUGCAGUCCUCCACCUUCCGCUUCUACCACCUCAAGAUUUCCGCCAAGCGCCUGCCCGGCCGCCAGCUCCGCCUGGACCCUCUCGCGGUGGUCUUCGUCGGCGGCGCGGGCCAGUGGAAUGAAAUCGGCCGCACGGAGAAGCGUCUCAACGAGUGGAACCCGAGCUUUGCGAAGUCCAUCACUCUACCCGGCGACAACGACAACCAGCGCCGCGCCCAAGUCCGCGUCGACUUCUACAACAAGGAAAUGACCGAGUCCCGCUUCCUCGGCACCUGCGAGGUUAACUUCUACGCCCUCAUCCACGCGAAGGGCACCAGCGUCGAGCUGGAACUCAACACCCCCGAGCCCGUCAAGGGCAGCCCCAGAGUCUUCCUGACCGCACAGGAGGGCUACAACCAGCCCGGCGCAGAUAGCAGCAGCCUCGUCAACUUGUCCAUGCAGCUCAUGCAGACCAACUACUACGGCGUCAGCAUGCGUAUUUACUACGAGAUUAGCCGCGCCGGCAAUGGAACAUGGGUCCCCGUGCAUAAGAGCGAGAACAUCCAGAUCGACGAGCAGGGCUGGGGGCAAUUUCCGGCCAACAAGAUCUCCAUGCAAGACUUAACCAUGGACGAGGAGAGCUGCGGCCUGCUCUUCAACCUGUACCGGUACCGCCGCCUCGGCUCGAAGAAGCUGCUGGGCUGUUUCCAGACAUCUAUACUGGAGCUAUCGCGAAAGUCAGUCGGCGAGUUUGUCCAGUUCACGCCCAACCACAAGGAGGGCCUCCUCGCCGCCGAUGUGCAAGUGCUCCACACGCAGAAGACCGGCUCCACCUACGACGUUUCGCUCAAGCUCGUCAACGUGCAGUGGAACGCCACGCUGCUCACAGAGGCCACCGUGGUAUAGGGCUUCACGAGCGCACGUCACGCUGCCCCGGCAAGUCGCUCGGCAGCCGAGUCGUGCCGCGGCGGUCCCGCGUUCACCGUGCCACUGGACACGCCAGGAAGUGAGCGGCGCGUGCGGGGCGAGGAGCGGCGCGCGGCUUGCGACAUGCGUGCGUGAUGGGCUUGAUUGACGAUCGGAGUUACGCGCUCCGCGGACGUUGAGGCUCUAGCGCAGGUUGCGAAGGGGUCUCCUGUUUAUGUUUGGGGCGGGGCAAACAUCUUCCGUUCGGCGGUGUAGACUGUGGUGAGGCGUGAACCAUAAAGAUUAUGCAAUGUACACUUGAAAGUGCAAGCGGAUAGGGCGGUUGCUUUCCGCUACAGUGAGAAACGGGGACGUGGUAGAAGUGGGGUGAUUGCAGCUCCUCCGCUCCGCGAGUGUUGUUGGAACAAACGUAAAGGCUUGACCUGGAGCCUCAUCCGCUUCCACAGCUUUUUUUUUGUCUGGUGACUCGGCACACGCAAGCAGAGUUGAAACUGGGGAUAUGCCUGCACCUGCUUACCUCUCCUCUUCAGUGACAUAACAUGCGGGAGAAAGUGCCUCAUACCAAAGGUACAGUUGGCGACUAACCUUCCUUUCCCGAGUGUCGAAUAGGUGGUCGUCACUGAUCCUAAAGGAUGGGCGCUUGCGAGAUCGCUUUCUGCUGGCGCGCGGCGGUGUAGGACUGUAGUACAGUACACCACUCUACCCCAACGGCGGGAGGUAUAUAUAGUUUUAUAGCAAGAAUCACAAAAGGUCGUUACAUGGGAA